GGGCCGGGCUUUCCCGACGUCAUCCGGAAGUCGGGUGCAGGUCCCGUCGGUACCUGGCCUUCUGAUCCCCUCACAGCGCGUGGGUUCCCUCCUCUUCCUCAGGCGAGCCCCCGGCAUCGCGGCCAGCCCGGGGCGAAGCGCACGUUGGGGGAUCCCGUCGUUGCCCUCAGAGCUCGUCUCUGGUGUGGCUCCCGCCUCCCUCCCCUGCCGCGCUCAGCUGCUCCGCACGGAGCCGUGUGCCGGCCGCCCAUGGCGGGAGCCGCUCCGACCACGGCGUUUGGGCAGGCGGUGAUCGGCCCGCCGGGCUCGGGGAAGACCACGUAUUGUCUGGGCAUGAGCGAGUUCCUGCGCGCGCUGGGCCGGCGCGUGGCGGUGGUGAACCUGGACCCAGCCAACGAGGGGCUGCCAUACGAGUGCGCCGUGGACGUGGGCGAGCUGGUGGGGCUGGGCGACGUGAUGGACGCGCUGCAGCUGGGCCCCAACGGCGGCCUGCUCUACUGCAUGGAGUACCUAGAGGCCAACCUGGACUGGCUGCGUGCCAAGCUCGACCCCCUGCGCGGCCACUACUUUCUCUUCGACUGCCCUGGCCAAGUGGAACUCUGCACGCACCACGGAGCCUUGCGCAGCAUCUUCUCCCAGAUGACGCAGUGGGACCUCAGGCUGACUGCUGUUCACCUGGUGGAUUCUCACUAUUGCACAGACCCUGCCAAGUUCAUUUCGGUACUGUGUACUUCCUUGGCCACCAUGCUGCAUGUGGAGCUGCCCCACGUCAACCUUCUCUCCAAGAUGGACCUCAUUGAACACUAUGGGAAGCUGGCCUUCAACCUGGACUACUACACAGAGGUCCUGGACCUCUCCUACCUGCUGGACCAUCUUGCUUCGGAUCCUUUCUUCCGCCACUACCGGCAGCUCAACGAGAAACUGGUGCAGCUCAUUGAAGACUACAGCCUAGUCUCCUUCAUCCCUCUCAAUAUUCAGGACAAGGAGAGUAUCCAGCAGGUGCUGCAGGCUGUGGAUAAAGCCAAUGGCUACUGCUUUGGGGUCCAGGAACAGCGGAGCCUGGAGGCCAUGAUGUCUGCCGCCAUGGGAGCUGACUUCCACUUCUCCUCCACCCUGGGCCUCCAGGAGAAGUACCUGGCGCCCUCAGAGCAGUCGGUGGAGCAGGAGGCCAUGCAGCUGUAGCAGCAAGCUGGGCUCCGGAGGACGAGACACACGACCCAGCACUGGGGGGAGUGGCGGCUCCCAGUGACCAGCUGGACAGCUCAGCGGCAGCAGAUCCAAGAGCAGCCCUCCGGGCCAGAGCUGGGAGACAGGCAUGGGGAUACUCAGGCCUGCAGAGGACUUCUGGCCUGAAACCAGACGUGUCGCCAAGCAGAGCACCAGUCACACCCUUGUGAGCUCUGGACGCUGCCACCGGGCAUUCAACACUGACCCACUUGGGCUGUAAUGGGAUGUGCUGCAAUACAAGAGCUUAUUUUCUACUUCUUGUGGCUUCCAAACUUUCUUCCCGCUACCCUGGCCAAGGGAGGUGGGAACGUGGGAAGGCCACCUUUCCCCAGAAGAGGCCUGUUUCUUGGUAUUCCAGGGCAGGCUGGCCCCCAAGCCCAGGAUCAUGCUGGGGGGAUGACUCAGUCUCCAGUGGUGCUCCUUCGUUCAUCUUCAGCACUAACAGUGAACUCAAGCCUGAGCUUUCACAAGCACCAUUUCCUAGCAGAUCUUGCAAUGUUUUAUUUUCAUUGUAUUUAUUUCACAGUUUUAUUCUUUUGAGGGGCAAGUGUUAAUUAGUUUUCCAUUUAUAGUAAUGAUUAAAGUUUAUUUUAAAAUGAA